AUGUCAAAACCUGAGUUAAGUGGACCACCAGAAUUAUAUUACAAUGAGACAGAAGCAAGAAAAUAUGAUACAAAUAGUCAUGUUUAUGAAAUUCAAAGAACUAUGGCACAACGUGCCAUUGAUUUGCUAGAGUUACCUGAUACAAUGUCUGGAAUCAUUCUAGAUGUUGGUUGUGGUACUGGUAUGUCAGGUGAAGUAAUAACUGAAAAUGGACAUGAUUGGAUUGGAGUUGAUGUGUCACCAUCAAUGCUUGAAGUUGCUGUUAAAAUGAGAGAGGUUGAAGGUGAUUUAAUACAAAGAGAUAUUGGUUGUGGAUUACCUUUUAAAGCUGGUUGUUUUGAUGGAGUUAUUUCAAUAUCAGCUAUUCAAUGGUUAUGUCAUUCUAAUUCAAAUGAUCAGAAACCACGCAAACGACUAUUAAGAUUCUUUCAAACGUUAUACGGUUGUAUGACAAGAGGAUCAAAAGCCGUAUUUCAAUAUUAUCCUGAAUCAGAAGCUCAAGCAAAUUUAAUUAAAGGAGCAGCAGUAAAAGCUGGAUUUAGUGGAGGAACAGUAGUUGAUUUUCCUGAAUGUCAAAGGCGUAAAAAGUAUUAUUUAGUUUUAAAUACCGGAGGACAUCAAAAUUUACCUAAAGCUUUAAGUGAUAAUAUUGAAGUCGAAGAUGAAGUUGAUCAAUGUGAUGUUGUUGAAAGUAGAAGUUUUAAUUUAAAUGGAAAUAGAAAACGAAAAGCUCCUAAAGGUUCUAAAGAUUACAUAAUUGCUAAAAAAGAAAGAAUGCGUAAACAAGGAAAAGAAGUUUGCCAUGAUAGCAAUCUUGAUUGUGUUGAAAGUAUCAUACAAACAAAUUUUCCUAUCACGCAAAGAUUAUCAACAUCUAAUCAAAGCAUGUUUUAUACAAAGGGUAACGUGUCACAUAACCAAGAGUAUGUAGAAAAUGAAACAGCGACUGUAAAAUCAGACAACACAACCAAAUGCUAUAAAACAGAGGAACUACAGAGCAAAUUAGAUGGAGAGGUCAGUAAUCAUUGUGAUAAGGGGUCUCCGUCAAAUUUAUUUUACUUGAACAAACGUAUAUCAACAGAUAUUAGGUCUAUUUCUACUCGAUCAUUUCAUUCUUCUUCAGAAUCUACCAUAUCUACUGAUUUUGGAAUGGAAGCUGGUAAAGAAGCUGCUGCUAGAGCUUGUGCUUUAGCUCAUGUGUAUGAUGGUUGUAAAAUUGGAGUGGGAAGUGGAAGAGAAUUAAAAGAUAUAAAAUGUGUUCCUACAAGUUUUUUGACCAAAAAGUGGCUUCAAGAAGCUAAUCUUCCAGUAUAUUCAUUAGAAAAUUUAUCCCAUCUUGAUAUCUGUAUUGAUGGAGCUGAUGAAGUUGAUUCCAAGUUAAAUUGUAUUAAAGGUGGUGGAGGUUGUUUAACUCAAGAAAAAAUAGUUCAAUCUUGUUCAAAAAAAUUUUUUGUAAUAGCUGAUUGCUCAAAGAAAUCAGAUUGUCUUGGUGAACGUUGGAAAAGUAUUCCACUUGAAGUUAUACCUUUUGGGUAUGUUCCUUUAAUGAAUAAAAUAGAAGAAACAUUAGGUGGUAAAUGUUUACUUCGAAUGGCUCAUAAAAAGUGUGGUCCAGUAAUAACUGAUAAUAAUUGUUAUGUUGUUGAUUGGCAUUUUCCUUCAUCUUUUAUUAAAUCUGAUCAUGAUUGGCAUUCAACCAAUAAUUUUCUAAUUAAUAUACCAGGAGUUGUAGAAACUGGUUUAUUUUUAAAUGUUACAGAAGAGGCAUUUUUUGCCACAAUUGAUGGUAAAGUUGAAUGUAUAAAAAAAAAUUAA